AUGGCUUCCAGUCGUACUUGUACUCCGCCACCCCCGACAACACAUACACCCAACACCGAAACUCCUCUGAGGCCGAAGACUGCUCCUUCCCACCCGCUAUCUAGCAGUAAAGCUACUAACCUGGACGUGACGAACCGCGCCAUCCAAACCGAAUUAAAGGGUGUCAUGUUGGAAGACGUGGCAGGACUUCCGGAGGCCGUGUUCCCGUCGUCCUCGCUUCCAGUGGAUAUUGAAGGCGCCCUUAAGCAUCUGUCUUCUGAGACCGUCGGCCAAUAUAGCUCAGGCUUAUGGACCAACCUCACUCGACAGGCGUUGUCAAACGUCGUAGUCGCGGAACGAGACGCGCAUGUCUGUAACCAGCUCAACAACAUCGUGGAAGCUGUAUCCAACUGGAACAAGUUCUCUGGACCUCCAGCUCGCCAGUGGACUGGUCAUUUUGCUACUACUCCUUUGGACGUAACGGACCAUGCUACGGUGGAGGCUUGCCAGAGGAAACCGGAUGGCGUUCUUCUUCCCAGCGGCAUGGACCACGCGCAGGCGAGGCGACGUGAUGCGGUCGCAUUUCUGGAGUUCAAGACCAACCAGGAUGGCACUGGGCACGGAAAAUCCUCGAAGCAGCUAGCAGAGAACGUUCGACUGGCAUUCGGCGCUCAAUACGACCGGCGAUUCAUCCUCGGCAUGGCUUUGAUCGGCAGUUCUCUGCGCCUCUCACUGUAUGAUUGUGCGGGACUCCUUCAAUCCGUGGCCAUCGACAUCCAUGAAAAUCCUCAAACGUUCCUCCGCGUCUUAUGCGGCUUUGCUUUCGGGGACCGGGCCACUCUCGGUUUUGAUCCCACGGUCACUGAGCCCGACGAAAACGGGACUCGAUCUAUCACGGUUCGUGGAACGAAGUACGACAUUGAAAAAGUCAUGCACAUGGACAACACGCUCAGAGGCAGAGGGACGAUCAUCCUUCAGGUUCGGUCAGGCCCAGAAUCGACGUCGAUCAUCAAGGAUUCAUGGGUCGAUGUCAGUCGUCCUGAAAAGGAACACGAGAUUCUGGAGAAAGCGAAGGACGUUGAGGGGAUCGUCCAUAUGAUAGAUUUCGAAAGGGUCGAAAUCAACGGAAUCGUGGAUUCGACGAAGAUCAUACGCGACAAACUCGGCGUCGCUACGAAGAUGGUGCUGCUGCAAUACUGGCAAGCCCUACGGUUGCACUUCCGGACAGGCCAGAUGCAGACUUCGACCAAUUCACGGCCUACCGGCGAGCACAUCUGA